UUCGACUACUUCCUGCGGGCGGCGGACGGAGACCAUGGAUGUUGAGCCUCCUCCUUUGGAGGAGCGGCGGCGGCUGCAGGAGGAGUUGAGCGAGUUCGUAGAGAGCUGCUGCCGGACUCUGGAGGAGGUGACGGCGUCCCUGGGAUGGAGCCUGGAUCAGCUGGACCCCGGGGACGAGGCGGAGGCCGAGGAUGAAAUCACGAUAUGCCCUUAUGAUUCCAAUCAUCAUAUGCCUAAAUCAUCACUAGCAAAGCACAUGGAAUCUUGCAGAUUGAGAAAGCUGGGUUAUGCUAAAGAGGAAGAGGAUGAAAUGUACAAUCCUGCUGUUUUCUAUGAGAAUUUGAAGAUUCCUUCAGUUACUUUGAAUAAGGACUCACAGUUCCAGAUAAUUAAACAAGCUAGAACUGCAGCUGUGAAAGAUGGGGAUUGUUAUACUCCAAGAAUGUAUUCUUCAUUGCCUGUUGAAGUUCCUCUGAAUCACAAACGAUCCAUUUGUGACCUUACCCAAGCAGAUCGUCUUGCCCUUUAUGAUUUUGUUAUUGAGGAGACAAAGAAGAAGCGAUCUGGUUCUCAAGUCAUAGAAAACGACAGCGAUCUGUUUGUAGACUUGGCUGCUAAAGUCAAUCAAGAUAAUAGCCGAAAAAGUCCCAAAUCUUACCUGGAAAUCUUGGCAGAAGUGAGAGAUUACAAAAGAAGACGCCAGUCCUACAGAGCCAAAAAUGUUCAUAUAACCAAAAAGUCAUACACUGAGGUAAUUCGGGAUGUGAUAAAGGUGCACAUGGAAGAACUCAGUAACCACUGGCAGGAAGAACAGGAAAGAGCCGAAGAUGGUGCUGAAAAGAAUGAAGAAAGGCGGUCGGCUUCGGUAGACUCACGGCAGUCUGGUGGAAGUUACUUGGAUGUGGAAAAUUCAAGACAUAGAAGGGCUCGGAGUAGGAGCCCACACAAGCGAAAAAGAAAUAAGGAUAAAAAUUCCGAGUCGAGAAGAAGGAAAGAUAGGGAUGGAGAAAGACAUCAUAGUCAUAAAAGAAGAAAGCAAAAAGUAUAAAAAGAAUGUGACUGCAGUAAUUACACUUAUGAAAUAAAUAUGUUGAUGGUGUUUUUUUUCCCACAUGAAACAAUUUUGUUUAUUGAAACUAAAGACAAGCAUGAUGUCUAAUGUCUUCACCAAAUUACAUGAAUUGGGUUUUCUUUUCCAUGAGUUCUUCCCUGUUACCUGAUAUCAAGAUGAUACAAAAACGAUGUAAAAUAUGUAUAGGGUUAGGGAUAUGGAUGAGCAAAAUUAUGACAAGUUCAUUGCCGGGACCUAGGUCAGGGUUUUGAGAACUUUCUAUAGUUCCUGCUGUAGGGAUACUCAAGGGUCUAACCUUCUUGGGAACAAGCAUGAACAGUCACAAACCUACACACUGACAUCACAUAAUUAAAUCAAAUCUUUAACCAA